AGGGCCCGCCGCCGCCGCAGCAGCAGCAGCAUCAGCCGCCGCCUCGCGGCCCGGCCCGAGAGCCCCGCGCAGACAUGAACCACCACCAGCAGCAGCAGCCGCCGCCGCAGCAGAAGCCCGGCGAGCAGCAGCUGAGCGAGCCCGAGGACAUGGAGAUGGAAGCUGGAGAUGCCGAUGAUCCACCAAGAAUCACCCCAAAUCCAGUCAUCAAUGGGAAUGUAGCAAUGGCUGACGGUCACAAUAAUACUGAAGAAGACAUGGAGGAUGACACAAGCUGGCGGUCAGAAGCAACGUUUCAGUUCACAGUUGAACGUUUCAACCGGCUGAGUGAAUCAGUCCUAAGUCCACCCUGCUUUGUACGGAACCUGCCAUGGAAGAUUAUGGUGAUGCCACGACUUUACCCGGACAGGCCACACCAAAAAAGUGUAGGAUUCUUUCUUCAAUGCAAUGCUGAGUCUGAUUCCACGUCGUGGUCUUGUCAUGCUCAAGCAGUCCUCAAGAUAAUAAAUUACAAGGACGAUGAGAAAUCUUUCAGCCGUCGCAUCAGCCACUUGUUCUUUCAUAAAGAAAACGAUUGGGGCUUUUCCAACUUUAUGUCAUGGAGUGAAGUUACGGAUCCAGAUAAAGGGUACAUAGAAGAUGACAAAGUCACUUUUGAAGUCUAUGUUCAAGCUGAUGCUCCACAUGGUGUGGCGUGGGAUUCCAAGAAGCAUACAGGAUACGUAGGGCUGAAGAAUCAAGGAGCAACCUGUUAUAUGAACAGCUUACUACAGACAUUAUUUUUCACAAACCAGCUGCGAAAGGCUGUCUACAUGAUGCCCACGGAAGGGGAUGACUCAUCGAAAAGUGUUCCUUUAGCGCUGCAGAGGGUGUUCUAUGAGCUCCAGCAUAGCGACAAGCCUGUGGGAACUAAGAAGCUAACGAAAUCUUUUGGAUGGGAAACUUUAGACAGCUUCAUGCAACAUGAUGUUCAGGAACUGUGUCGAGUGUUGCUUGACAACGUUGAAAAUAAAAUGAAAGGAACAUGCGUAGAAGGCACAAUUCCUAAAUUAUUCAGAGGCAAGAUGGUGUCUUAUAUCCAAUGCAAACACGUAGACUAUCGGUCUGAACGAAUAGAGGAUUAUUAUGAUAUCCAACUAAGUAUAAAGGGAAAGAAAAACAUAUUUGAGUCGUUCAUUGACUAUGUUGCAGUGGAACAGCUGGAUGGGGACAACAAGUAUGACGCGGGGGAGCAUGGCUUGCAGGAAGCCGAGAAGGGAGUAAAGUUCCUAACGUUGCCCCCAGUGUUGCAUCUACAACUCAUGCGCUUCAUGUAUGAUCCCCAAACUGACCAGAACAUCAAGAUAAAUGACAGGUUUGAAUUUCCAGAUCAGUUGCCUCUUGAUGAGUUUUUACAGAAAACCGACCCUAAAGAUGCAGCCAACUACAUUCUUCAUGCAGUGCUAGUGCACAGUGGAGACAACCACGGUGGACAUUACGUUGUUUACUUGAAUCCAAAAGGCGACGGGAAAUGGUGUAAAUUCGAUGACGACGUUGUAUCUAGAUGCACGAAAGAAGAAGCUAUUGAACAUAACUACGGAGGCCACGACGAUGACUUGUCUGUACGGCAUUGUACGAAUGCCUACAUGUUGGUUUAUAUCAGGGAGUCCAAAUUAAGUGAAGUUCUGCAGCCGGUCACAGAUCAUGAUAUUCCUCAGCAGCUAGUAGAACGGUUGCAAGAAGAGAAGAGAAUAGAGGCUCAAAAAAGAAAGGAGAGGCAAGAAGCCCACCUCUACAUGCAAGUGCAGAUAGUAACAGAGGACCAGUUCUGUGGCCACCAGGGCAAUGACAUGUACGAUGAAGAGAAAGUGAAAUACACUGUGUUCAAGGUGCUGAAGAACUCAACACUUGCAGAAUUUGUUCAAAACCUUUCUCAGACCAUGGGGUUUCCACAAGAUCAGAUUCGGUUGUGGCCGAUGCAAGCCCGAAGUAACGGAACAAAACGACCAGCCAUGUUAGAUAACGAAGCAGAUGGCAAUAAAACUAUGAUUGAGCUUAGUGACAACGAAAAUCCAUGGACGAUAUUCCUGGAAACGGUAGACCCGGAAAUGGCUGCUACAGGGGCAACUUUACCCAAGUUUGAUAAAGACCAUGAUGUAAUGUUGUUCCUGAAGAUGUAUGAUCCAAAGACACGGAGUUUGAAUUACUGUGGACAUAUCUACACACCAAUAUCCUGUAAAAUACGUGACUUGCUGCCAGUUAUGUGUGAAAGAGCAGGAUUUCCCCAAGAAUGUAAUCUUAUCCUCUAUGAGGAAGUUAAACCGAAUUUAACGGAGAGAAUUCAGGACUAUGACGUAUCCCUCGACAAAGCUCUGGAUGAACUCAUGGAUGGUGACAUCAUCGUAUUUCAGAAAGAUGACCCUGAGAACGAUAACAGUGAACUUCCCACAGCAAAAGAGUACUUCCGGGACCUAUACCACCGAGUCGAUGUCAUUUUCUGUGAUAAAACCAUACCCAAUGACCCUGGCUUUGUCGUCACGUUGUCCAACAGAAUGAAUUACUUUCAGGUUGCAAAGACAGUUGCCCAGCGGCUUAAUACGGACCCAAUGCUACUGCAGUUCUUCAAGUCUCAAGGUUAUAGAGAUGGCCCCGGUAACCCUCUUAGACAUAAUUAUGAUGGAACUUUAAGAGAUCUUCUGCAGUUCUUCAAGCCUAGACAACCUAAGAAACUUUACUAUCAGCAGCUCAAAAUGAAAAUCACAGACUUUGAAAACAGGAGAAGUUUUAAGUGCAUAUGGCUAAACAGCCUGUUUAGGGAAGAGGAGAUAACACUGUAUCCAGACAAGCAUGGCUGCGUACGGGAUUUAUUAGACGAAUGUAAAAAAGCUGUAGAACUUGCUGAGAGGGGGUCAGGAAAAUUAAGGCUGCUAGAAAUUGUAAGUUACAAAAUAAUCGGUGUCCAUCAGGAAGACGAAUUGUUAGAGUGUUUAUCACCAGCAACUAGUCGGACGUUUCGAAUAGAGGAAAUACCCCAGGACCAGGUAGAUCUAGAUAAGGAGAAUGAGAUGCUCAUUACAGUUGCUCAUUUCCAGAAAGAGGUUUUCGGGACAUUUGGAACACCUUUCUUGCUAAGGAUACACCAGGGUGAACACUUUCGGGAAGUGAUGAAGAGGAUCCAAAUGGUGUUGGACAUCCAGGAGAAGGAAUUUGAAAAGUUUAAGUUUGCUAUCGUAAUGAUGGGUCGGCACCAGUAUCUAAAUGAAGAUGAAUAUGAAGUGAACUUGAAAGAUUUUGAGCCCCAACCUGGCAACAUGUCUCACCCUCGGCCAUGGCUCGGGCUUGACCAUUUCAACAAAGCCCCAAAGAGAAGUCGCUACACGUACCUUGAAAAAGCUAUUAAAAUCCAUAACUGACUGACCCUCUCCCGUUUGUUUGAGGCAAAAAGGGGGGCAACAAUAAGUGUGUGUGUGUGUGUGUGUGCGUGUGUGUGUGUGCGCACCUUUUUAACAACCGUAGGACUUUUGGUACACGUGCACUCGGUCGGAAGUCUCCAGCAAGAGGAUUUGCUGCUGAUGUAUUAAUUUUAUUUUGAGGCUGUUCAGUUUGGCUUCUCUGUAAUCUAUUAUUAUUAUUAUUAUUAUUAUUGACUGCCCUUUUUUGAGCAAAAUGAAGGUGUUUUAUAAAGCUUUUGGGUGCCAAUGAGAGUUUUUAUGGGAAAAUGUUAAAAUGAGCUUGUCAGCAUAACAAGGGGGGAAAGGGUUGAGUGUAGAAGAAGUUGACGUUGGCAAAAAUAUUUUGUCUGUACUACAAUGAACGGAGGACCCGUACUGGCAGCCCCUCCCCCUCCCCCUUCAAAAUAUACGUGGUACCAGCCAUCACUGCAACUAGUUGGAGCUGUGGUUAGGCUCACAUCCAGUUUAUUUCCUUCGGUUAUAUCCUUUAAAAAUGAUUUUUUUGUGCAUUUGUAAAUGCAAACAGGAAAAAAAGCUCACAUCGUCAAUAAAUAGCAAAUCUCUACUUCACUGUGUACACUCUUGGCACUUAUUCGGGAAAAAGUUUGGUCUCUUCAAUCAGUCUAGGGUUUCUCUUUUAUUAUUAUUAUUAUUAUUAUUAUUUUAAAUAAAUGGAUUUUGAGUCAAUUUUUUUUUUAAACAUUGCAUUUUGCCAAGGAAGAUCUUGUGGAGGCUUCAGUGGAGAUGUCAAGAGUCCUGGAAGAGGAGGGGAGGGCUGUGCUUCGUAUUCAUUUUCAAAAAGUGGUUAAAUAUAGAAUCCUUUGGGAUUUAAGAAAAAAAAACCUGGCAGACGAAGAACUAACAAGCUUGGAAGGUUUGCAGAAAGAAAAAGGCGUAUACUUUUUUAUAUAUAUAUAUAUAUAUAUACAUAUACAUAUAUAUAUAAAAAAGAAAAUGUAGUUAAUCUGGGAUGGAAGGGGAAGGCGAGCAAAAAUAGCCUUUUAGCAUCAGGGCAUGUUCACUAGCAUUUAGUAAGCUGUUGACUUUGUAAAAAAGAAUUAAAAUGGGUGGGGGUGGGAAGGUGGGAAGAAAAUAAAAUUGUAUAUUUAAUGGAGGAAUGUGUACAAUUUAACACAAUUUUGGGUUCGGGAGGGGGUGGGUGGGGGCGAGUCUGCAAAUGAAAUUCACAGAUGUCAAUAUUCAUGGUGUGUAGUUUUUACUUCAUUUCCUCUCUUUCCCCCUCCCCCCCCCCCCGCCAAUUGCUUUUCCAUUUUAGUUUGGAGCAAACAGACAGCCUUGCGUGUCUCUUUUAAGUUUUUUGAGUGCAGUUCAGGAAAAAAAAUCUAGAAUCAGCAAUUCUCUUUUUUCCUUUUAAAGUUUUGCUUUUUCUCUCCCUCCCAGCCCAAUCUUUUCUUUUGUUUCUGUAGCUGCCGUGUGCAAUGAUUCUUCCUGUAUAUUGCCUUUUCGCUGGAAAAAAAUGUUGUAUGUUGAAUAAAAAUUUUCUAUAAAAUUUUCCUUCAGUGCGUGGUGGCCUUGGACGUUGAAGAAGGUCUCUGCUUUCCUUUUUUAAGUACACAUUACGGGCAAUUUCACUGAUACAUUUUUAGUGAACUUUUUGUGGGGUUUUGGCCAAUGUACAGUUUUGAUGUUUGGCCAGGGUGGGAAGAGGGGCGUGAAUCUCAUGCUGGAACUCAGGGCAGAUUAUAACUUCCCAGAGUGGUCUGUGUUGAUCAUUUAAUGCACAUAACAUGUAUUAUACCCAGCCCUUGGGAAUGUGGAAAAUUAAUACAAAUGAGUCACUCUCCAUCUGAUAGCAAUACUUACUGCAGAGGUUUGAUAAUAGGCUUGUCCUUGCAUACCAAAGUCAUCACUUGUGAGCAUCCGAUGUUUGCUGGCAUGUCUUGAGUAAAUACAGUGUGAAAUGGUUUCCAUAAACUUGCUGUUUAAGAACCAGCAGAUCAAGGAGAGGAGUUGAGCUUUAGCCUCCCUGAUAGGUUAGAUUUCUGUGUUGAGGGAGGCUUGGGGGAUCUGUGGCAACGGGACCGUCUGUUCAGGUAAAGGUUUUCGGCUUCAUUUCUGCCAAUAAGAGAAAUUGGCCUGUAGAGAGGGAAUUGUGUGGACGUUGACUUUCCUGUAAACAUGGCUUUCCAGUGGAUUGGGAAACUUGUGUGCAGGGUGCUUGAUUCUGAGGAGUAUUUCUGGCUUCUCCCCCUUUUGUCCCCCUUUUUAAAAGCAUUCUGACUGCAUUUCUGGGGUGUGUGUGUGUGUGUGUGUGUGUCCAACUGUCGUUGUGCGUGUGCACGCCCUAUAGAGAGUACUCGCUCCCUGUGAGCCAGGGCCAGCCAGUCUCCCUGUUCCCAUGUGGCAUAUAUGGAUGCCAGGAAGAGCAGGCCGUCUCUCCUCCUCUGGGUACCUUGGGAUGGAGCCGGGGGAGGGUUUUAGUGGAAUCCGGACCGAACCUGUAAUGCCCUCCCAAAACUUCCCUUGAGAGGCAGAAGUGUGUGGAGAGGGAGGAGAGAUGGUACCGCCAGCUGAAUUGAAGCAUCCUGAGAAUUUCGGCUUGCAUACCUUUUGUCCUUGGGCUGUGAAGUGGACUUGAAAAUGCAGAGGUAUUGUUUGUUGAAACCUCGAAAUGCUGGGGAGAAGGAAGAUCUGAGGGGUCUUCGUUCCUUGUUCCUUCCCAGACGUGGUAGAAGUAGCAGGGAUUUUUGCAAUGUGUUUAGUUAGUAAACUUUUGGGGGAAAGAUGACUUCGUAAUUUUUAGCAGAAAAUAUCCACAGUCCUGAGAGUCACAUGGCUUCUGCCAUGAUUUGGAGGAUGCUUCAUAGUUCUCUCGAGUGAGGGAAGAGCACCUUGAUCAGAUUGUUACAGUCUGUCUUGGCAUUAAGGAUUUCUCUGACAGUGUGUGGUGUGCAUGCUUUGAUAACCUGUUUUUUUUUUCUGCAAAUAGGUGACUGGGUUUCUUUUACAAUCACUGGUGGUUUGUAAAGUUAGAGAAGUAUUUCUUUUGUGAUCAGUGUUAAAUUUAACUGUAGUAACAAGGAUGGCAUUUCAGACACCUUGGAUUUGUUGUGCGUGCUUCCCAAAUUUCAAGACGUGUGUAUUAACUUCACCAACCCAGGCAGCCAAGUGCCAGACUGGAGCUGGAAAGAAGAGGCUCCCUCCCCACCAUGGAAUAUGUGACUAUCAGCAGAAAAGUAAGAGGGAAACUGGGAUUGGUGGCCCAAGGAGCCAGGAGCGGCUUUGGGUUUUGCACCUUACUAUAGUUUCCCUCCACUCGCAAAAUUUUGAAGGAUGUGUGCAUCUCUUCCCCUCCCCCAGUCAAAGGAGAGUGUCUUGUUAUCUCCAGAGACUUGCAGUGAAAAAUGUAAAAAGGAAACAGAGUUUUGCUCCGAGGACAGAAAAUAAGGAUUCUAUUGAUGCCUGCCUGGUUUUUUUUUUUGCUUUGCAUUCUGCGUCUAGUAUCCGUGUGAACAAAACAGGAAUGUUGGCCGAAAAGUUUUAAUGGAACUCCAAGCCUGUUUCUUUCCAGACUCCUCGGCACGUCAGAAUUCCACCACACCUCACUCCGAAGCUUGUCAGGCUCUCUCUCCUAACCUUUCUAAACUUGGCCAUUUGUUACCACAAGGGGGCAAUUUAAACACCCAACGUCUUUGUUUUUAAUUUUUCAAGUUUUCUAGUUGGUUACUUUUUCUAUUUUUUAAAACUUCCUUUGAACUGGCAAGAAUACUGUGCAUAUUCUGGGAUGUAGGCCCUCUGUCCUGUGCUUUGGUUUUCCCGAGCUCUCUGGUUAAAAGCCGCAGAAAACUAAUAACGGAACAAUGGGUAUUUCCACAAAGAGAGCCUGAACGCAGCAGUGAAAGGGGUUCCCUCGAAACCCCGAUUGGUGCUUUUUUAUUCCCAAGGCUUGCCAAAAUAAGGUUCUGUAAGGUCAUGUCAUGCAACUCUGAUUACGUUCUCUGCUAAGGCUUAAUAACUUUGUGUCCAUGGGGGGCUGCUGUGCCAGUCACCAUUUUUCUCAAAAACAGCAUAGGUUAGAAUUUGAGUGCAAAUUCUGUGACACCAAAUCAAUAAAGAUGGUCUUUAAAAAGGGUUUAGCCCCCUUUGUGCAGGAUUAAUCUGCCACGAUAAGUAAAAUGGAAUAUCCGUAUUUGUACGCAGGAUACUUCUUCAGCCCUGUCUGUGGGCAUUGGGGGGAUGGCAGAACGCUGAGGAGGGGGGGUCCCUGCAUGUGAUCCCAGCCAGGGCUGUUAGUAUGUUCUUUCUGUGUCUUUCUUUUGAGGGGAGGUCUGACUGUAUGGUGGGCAAGAAGCUGCUGUGACCCAAAUUAUUUAUGCUCUAGACAGUUUAAUGCACCAGUCCUGUGGCUCAAAUCACAUUUUUUUGGGCUCAGUGCCACAUUCUUGCUGUUUUAGAAUACUUUUGUUUAUAAGGAAUCAUUUUCUGUAGACUCUGAUGUAUAUAACUUGGAAAUAAAAUAAGCAAGUUCUAUGUUUCUG